AUGACCAUGAACGAGCUCGUCGGGUGGAAGAAUUCGCUCAUUUUCAGCCCGUUCAACGACGUGUGGAAGCGCCAGCGCCGCCUCUUCCACCAAGUCAUCGGCACACGGUCCAGCCUGAUGCAUUACGACGCGAUGAAGGAGGUGGUGGCGGCGAAUUUUGUCGCCAACCUCAUAGAGGAGCCCCAGAAGAUGGAAGAACAUUGCCAUACCUUCGCCGGCGACCUGAUCCUCCGCGUCACCUACGGGUACGUGUCGAAGGGCUACGACCCAAUGAUCAAGAUGGCCGAGGAGAUCACCGACGCCGCCUCCGAGUUCGGCGCGCCUGGAAAAUGGAUGGUGGAUGUCCUUUUCCCUUUUCUGCGCUACGUCCCAGACUGGUGCCCUGGCGCCGGUUGGAAGCAGGCCGUGAAGGAGCAGCACGAUAACCUGCGCAAGCUCGUCAACACGCCAUACGAGUGGGUAAAAAAGGAAAUAGACGAAGGGCAGGCUGGACCGUCGUUCGUUUCAGAAUUGCUCUCUGAAAAGGGUCUGUCGGACGGGGAUCUGUCUGCAAUUAAGUGGUCUGCCGCGAUGCUGUUCGCUGGAGGAUUGCACAUGACGGUCUGGACCACGUACGCGUUCAUGAAGAUGAUCUGCCUCCAUCCAACAAUCCAGGACCGUGCGCAGGCCGAGAUCGACCGCGUCGUCGGCAGCGACCGCCUUCCCCUCGUCGCCGACAUGGAUGACUGCCCGUACACGCGCGCUUGCUGUCUCGAGGCGCUCAGGUGGCACGUUGUGUUCCCCUUGGCCGUGCCCCACCUAACCAUGGAAAACAGCUUCUACGAUGGGUGCAUCUUUUCUGAAGGAGCGAUUAUCUCCUCAAAUCUUUGGUGA